AUGAGGCAUCCUGAGCAGUACUGUUCUCCGCAGGGGGCAGCUGGCAUCCUGUGCUACGUGGGAGCCUAUGUCUUCAUCACGUAUGACGACUACGACCACUUCUUUGAGGAUGUGUACACUCUCAUCCCCGCUGUGGUGAUCAUAGCGGUGGGCGCCCUCCUCUUCAUUAUUGGGCUCAUAGGCUGCUGCGCCACCAUCCGGGAAAGCCGCUGCGGACUUGCCACGUUUGUCAUCAUCCUACUCUUGGUCUUUGUCACAGAAGUUGUUGUAGUGGUUUUGGGAUACGUUUACAGAGCAAAGGUGGAAAAUGAGGUUGAUCGCAGCAUUCAAAAAGUGUAUAAGACCUACAAUGGAACCAACCCUGAUGCCGCUAGCCGAGCUAUUGAUUAUGUACAGAGACAGCUUCACUGCUGUGGAAUUCACAACUAUUCAGACUGGGAAAAUACAGACUGGUUCAAAGAAACCAAAAACCAGAGUGUCCCUCUUAGCUGCUGCAGAGAGACUGCCAGCAGCUGUAACGGAAGCCUGUCCCAUCCCUCUGACCUCUAUGCCGAGGGAUGUGAGGCUCUAGUUGUGAAAAAGCUGCAAGAAAUCAUGAUGCUUGUUAUCUGGGCUGCCCUGGCAUUUGCAGCUAUUCAGCUGCUGGGCAUGCUGUGCGCGUGCAUCGUGUUGUGCAGAAGGAGUAGAGACCCUGCCUACGAGCUCCUCAUCACUGGUGGGACCUACGCGUAGCAGGCCGCUCCAGCCUGAGCUUGCGGCUUGUUCUGGUUUGGAAGGUGAACGGAGCGGCUCCGCUGCUGUGGCCUCCUGAGCUCGUUUACGCAAAGCACAUGUGCACCAGCGUUGGCUGGAGCGGCCUGGCUCCUCACAUGCCCAUCUCUUAACUUGCCUGCCCAUGACUUUCUUUGCCCCCUAUUCUAGCUGACUCUCCAUGUCCCUAAGUUGUUAAGUACGGCGGUAAAUGCUCAAAUUCCAGAACCGUUCUCGAGUUGUGUAGUGUGGUAGAAUUAAAGGAGGACGUAGCCUGCUUCUGUUACCUCCAAGCCAGAAAAGGAUUGCUGCUGAAGUAUCACUGGUCUCUUCAGUCCUCACAGUGGAGAACUCUUGGCCAAAGUUUUUGAGGGGAGGGGAAGAAGCCAGCUGUCUGGGCGAUACCAGAUGGUGCCCCUCAUCAGUGUCCUUUAAAAAAUACAUGCUGUAGUUCAAUAAGAUAGCAACUGUACAAAUGGCUAAAAUAGAUUCUAGAACUGUACAUUGUGUAUCUUGGUUCAUCCUCGAAACUAGACUGAUCUUUGAAACUGGUGGUUUUUAAUCAAAGCAGGCUUUAUAGGAGGAAUAUAAUGUAUGCACUACUGUUUUAAAACAAUUAGUGUGAGCGCGUGCGUGCUUUCCUGUGAUUGAGCCCAUUCACUGUCAGUCUAAACUCGUUAGAAAUAAUGUACCCAUGUAGACUAGCGAACUAGUGUGUAGAUGGGAUCUCAGCUGUAAAUAGAAAACUCUAAUUCAAUAAACUGUGUAUCACCCCUCCA